AGCAGUAUGUUUGAGGUGGCCACUGGAAUGGAUGCUGAUUUUCCAUUGAGCCCACAUAUAAUUAAGCGAAGACGAGGAGGCCUCAUAGAGCAGAAGGAUAUCAUCAAAGCCCAUGAGGCACAUAAAAUGCAAAGCACGCCCCAGGCACGGCGGAAGGAGUGGGAGAUGGCUCGUUUUGGAGAGGCGAUGGCUGGCAGGUUGGGAUCUGGAGAUGGAGGAUCGGAGCGAAGCAAAACACUUCAAGGGUCCCCAGCUGCCCCAGUGGGCACCCAAGCAGCAUUCAAACAAUCCAAAGCCCAAAGAGCAAGGACUAUGGCUUUAUACAACCCCAUCCCGGUCCGACAGAACUGCUUCACAGUAAACAGGUCUCUCUUCAUCUUCGGAGAAGAUAAUAUCAUCAGGAAAUAUGCGAAGAAGCUAAUCGAUUGGCCAUAUCCUUUACACUGUGCCCUGGAGAAAAACCCUGUUUCAUUUCUAUGGUAUCUGCAGCAUCUAUGACGGGUA